AUGAGUUCACGCAAUGAUAUGUCAUCUACAGCAUCGCGGGAUACACUGCACCGCACUUUAUACCUACGCAGAGAGUAUGCCCUUGUAACGAAGUGCGGGGAGUUUGAAGACAUACUGCUAGUCCCGCCACGCGAUGACUGCGAUGAGUAUCAGCAAAACUGGUGGUGUGGACUGCUGAAUGUAACGAGAUUCCCAUCACCGUGGUACCGUGGGGUGUUCACAUUCCGGGUGUAUUUCCCGUCCAAGUAUCCUUUUGAGUCACCGGUGGUUUGUAUGGAGUUGCCUCUCAAGAGCCACCCGCUGUUGCUGGAGGACAGCGAGGGAAGAAAGUGUGUGGUUCCAUUUGAUGAUAUUUACAUUGGACUUGACCCCAUGCGGGUAUCAGUAAUGGCGCGGCUGCUCCAUCACGUGCGAUCUCUCUUUUACCCCUCAGAGUGGCCGGCGGUAGUGCAUGUGAACAAAGCUCUCGCCCGCUACGAUGUGGAGCGACGCAGCGCCACACAAGAGGUGGUGUUGGGAAAACCGUACGUGGAGUACCUCUCACGAGAGGCAAUUGCGUUCUUUACAGACUCAGAUUCCUUUGAGAGGAGUGAAACUUGUAUGGACGCAUCAGGAUGUCGGGAUGAGCAGUGGGAAAAACGAUUCUCGCUGUGGCUUGGUCGAACUUGGCUUCCAUCCGUGAGAAUCCUUCAGUGA